AUGAAGACACAAAUGAAUUCUCCGUCGAUAUCAGACAAUUCCAUCCAAAUUUCGGAGAAAUUUUCAGAUACUAAUAUUAGCCAUCCAUUUACAAGAGAAACUAUGGCAAUAAAAGGCUCUGUAAUGGCGAGCGGAAAUUUGGAGUUGCAACAUUUGAGUCUAAGUUUCAAUCAUUUGACGAAUAAGACAUUAAAGAAACUGAUAUCGUGUCUGUAUUAUCAGAAUUAUGUGCUAUUAAACGAUUACAGUAGGGGAUUAUUAUACGUAUUUUUGGAGAGUAAUGAUAUCUCAAAGAAUGAAGACUGGACAACGUUACAGGAGCUUUUACGUUGCAGACGACAAGAUAAUCAAAUAAUUCGAGAUGAGGAUUUUAAAGAUCUCGUGCCGGUAGAGAGUGAAAUCUUGCGGAGCAGAAUCAGUGUAUAA